AUGGACUUGACGGCCGACUUCAAGGCUUUCCAAGACCUUGUUCAAUCCUCCCUCAUCAAUGUGACGAGGAGCGCAACACAAGUCUCAAACCAGGACUUGAGCUUCCAUCGCUCUUCGAGUGAGAAGUUGUCUCGCUCACUCGAUCGCCAGAAUGCUCAUCUUUUGCGCUUGACGAGCAAGCUGCUCAAAGCUGCCACCCGCGAGACACAGCUUAAACCUCCUGCUCUUCAAGGCCAAGAUGAUGUGGAGGACAAUUGGCGUGGCAUAGUCGAUGUCGUGGAUGGUCUCCUGGAGAAGGCUGACUCUGCACUUGACGAGUUCUCAGGAGUGAUCAGACCCCAGAGUCCGACCCGACAGGACACCGAGUCACCUGGACCCGUGAAAACUGCAUUCGGUGUGCAGAGGUGGGCCAAGGACAACGUACCGAAGCCGCAGACCACUUUUGAGAGACGGGUGAACAACUCUGACGAUACUCCUUUCAAGCCCCUGCUACAGACGAAGCCUCAUGCUACGAUACCGUUGGAGCAGAGUGUGGGCAAUGCCGAGACCGGGUACAAACACCCGUAUGCGCAAGAGAUCGAAAACUACCAAUACCCUCCCUCCGUCUACCAAUUCAACGACCCGACUCCCUUUAAACCCAUUGAUGAAAGCAAAGCCAUCUACGUCGACACAGAAGAAGGUGUGAAGGAUAUGUUACAAGACCUCAGGAAGGCCAAGGAGAUCGCAAUCGAUCUCGAACACAAUGAUCAACGCUCAUACGUCGGUCUCGUGUGCCUGAUGCAGAUCAGCACAAGGGACAAGGAUUGGAUCAUAGACACCCUGAAACCCUGGCGCGAGAAGCUUCAAAUUCUAAAUGAAGUCUUCACUGACCCAAGCAUCUUGAAGGUCCUACACGGUUCCAAUAUGGACAUCAUCUGGCUCCAGCGCGAUCUCGGACUCUACAUCGUCGGCCUGUUCGACACAUUCCAUGCAGCAUGCGCCCUGCAAUUCCCUGGUAAAGGUCUCAAACACCUCCUCUUGCAAUUCGCCAACGUCCACGCGCAAAAGCAAUUUCAGCUUGCUGACUGGCGGACCCGACCUCUGCCUCAAGAAUUACUCGAUUAUGCCCGUAGCGACACCCACUACCUACUCACAAUAUACGACCAUCUACGAAACAUGCUCAUCCAAGGAUCCUCCGCCAACGUCAAUCUCACGAACUACGUUCUCACCCAGUCCAAGAAAGAAGCUCUGCAAGUGUACACGCGUCAACCCUACGACUUUGAGACUGGCGGCGGUUCACUGGGCUGGCUUAGCUUGCUUACAAUGCGCUCCACGAAUACCCUGAGCAAGGAACAACUGGGCGUAUUUCGCGCCCUCCACGCGUGGCGCGAUGCCAAGGCGAGGGAACUAGACGAGGGGGUUCAAUACAUCCUCCCGAACAGAACAUUGUGGCUGGUUGCUGAGAACAUGCCCACAUCGGCGUUGAACUUUCACCACGCCUGCAGAGGUGAGGCAAAGUUCGUACACAACCGUAUCCCUGAGAUAGUGGAAGUCGUCAAACGAGGAAAGUCCGAGGGCAAGGACGGCAAGUCGCACGUCGAAUUGCUUGACUACUGUGAGAAAGCUCUAGGAGUGACUGUCCGUCGCCCACGCAAGGAAAGGAAGGAUCCUCCUCAAACAAGCUACUCGGGUCUGGGAGAAACGCUGAAACAAUUGGCCGCCAGUCGCCAGACCGACUCCUUGAACUAUGACGGCAUCGCAGACGUCGAAAAUCCCAUUGCAGUUCGCUCAUCAGAAUCCACCUUCUGGGGCGCCGUGACACCUCAAUACAAACAACUUCCAGCAGACAUCGUCGCCGCAACUGAAGCGCUCUCCUCCAUCCUACCACUCCGGCACCUCGCAGCUACACAAGAACCCAUGCAAGAUCAGGCCCAAACCACGCCGGAAACGCAUUCUCCUCAAGCUGAAGGGCCUGUCAGGUCGAAAACGUCAUUGGGUGCAAAAGACCACCUCCGGAGCAAAGCGACCGAGAUCUUCACACUCCGCCCCGGCAGCCAGGGUAAGAAACGCAAAGCCAAUGAAGCCGAUGAAGAUGAAGGCGAAGUAGCCCCUCUUGCAACCGGCUCCUCGGUGGCCUCAACGCCCACUGCUCUGUCUCCGCAACACCCUAGCAGCGCUCCUCCCGAGUACGAAGCCGCUCGAGCAGCGAAGAAGGUCCGCAAAGCAGAGAAGAAAGCGAUGAAAGCGGCCGAGAAGGCCGUUGCACGCGCGGCAGCUCAAAACGCAACGCCGUUCGACUAUGCGACGGCGCCGUCCCUGCUGAAUUCGACGGGAGAUGCCAACGGCGGUGGUUCAGGCGCAGAUGGCAAGGCUGGAACGGGCGAUGCGAGAAGGAUGAACCCCUUCGCGAAAGCCUUGGAUACGACGACGGGCGCCAGGCGGAAUAAAAUGGGCAAGGAAUUGGCCGGGAAGAGUAUGACUUUCAAGUCAUGA